AUGUUUCGUCGACAGGCUCGUGAGCGGCGUGAAUAUGUGUACAAAAAGGCCCUAGAAUCAAAACAACGCCAAAUCUAUGAGCGCAAGCAAAAGAUCCGUGAGGCGCUGGCUAGCGGCAAGCCCUUGCCGCCGGAGCUGCGUGGCCCUGAGGCAGAAGAGCUCGCUAAGAACUUGGCGCUGGAUGCUGCCCAAGCUGAGCCGACCAUGUCUAUUGAUGAUGAAUACUCACGUGCUGGGCAGUACGAUCCACGCAUCCUGAUCACCACGUCGCGUAGUCCUUCGAGUCGCCUCUCGCAAUUCGCCAAGGAGUUGCGUCUUGUGUUCCCCAACUCGACACGCCUGAACCGUGGUGCCUAUACCAUGAACGAGUUGGCCUCUGCAGCACGUGCAAAUGGGAUGACAGAUAUGAUUGUGGUACACGAGCAUCGUGGUGUGCCCGAUGCGAUGGUCGUCUCGCACUUUCCGCACGGACCUACUGUGAUGUUUACACUACACAAUGUGACGCUGCGUCAUGAGGUCGCCAGUCACAGUAAUAGUACUGUGAGUGAGCAGUAUCCUCAUCUGAUUUUUGACGGCUUCGGUGGUCACUUGGGUGAGCGUGUGAAAAGUGCUCUUCGUUUCCUUUUCCCGGUGCCCAAAGAAGAUGCACGUCGUGUCAUGACGUUUGCCAACAAGAAUGACUUCAUUAGUUUCCGUCACCAUGUAUUUGUGGCGACGCACCGCGAAGUGCACCUGGCCGAGGUCGGUCCGCGCUUUGAUAUGCGACCAUACGAAAUCCGCUUGGGUACGCUCGAACAGAGCGAAGCGGACGUCGAAUGGGUCCUGCGCCCGUACAUGAACACGGCGCGCAAGCGCAGUCAGCUGGGUGGCGCCUCAGCCUCUUCAUAA